AUGACGAGACAAGACCAUACCUUCGAGGAUGUGAGGAAUCUUCCCCUGCGCAAGGCCAUUGCAGUCGUUAACAUAUGGGGGCCACAGAAACGCGAGCGUGCUUUGGAGAGGAAAAGAGCGGCAGACCGCAAUGCCCGUCGUCUGGAGCGCAGUCGUACGAAGGAGCAUAUUGCGAGGCUAGAAGAACGCAUCCAGUUGUUGCUGUCCGCCCAAGAUAGCAGCAGAAGCAACAUCACUGAGAAGCUACUCGCCGAAAAUGCUGCUCUCCAUGAACGCAUCCAUGAGUACCAAAAGCUGGUCAACUCGGCCAAAUUGACCCUAGAGAAUAUCCAGAGCAGGCCAGGAUCCUCCCCCCAGUCUGCAUCGUGGGCUAGACCUGAGCAGGCAGGGGAAGCGCAGCAAAGCCCAAGCGUGCCGACGGACAUCUCGCCAGCAGCAGAUUCACCUAGACCUGUGGACCAGCCAACCGUCUCGGCGCUCCUCAACCCGAUAGCAGACGCCAAUCUCGAAGUCCAUGUAGGGGAAUACACAAACAGCAUCACCAGCUCAACGGCAGGUGCAGAUCUAUUGGGCCACUUCUUCAGAUCAGACUAUCUGCCGGGAGCGCGCUCAGUGUAUCUGCUCCACCAUCCAUCACCACUUGCGAAGACGUCCAUCUACAGAACUUCGGCAGCACUACCAGACUUUCACACGAAUCGUAUACCGCCGCAUCUUGAUCUUUCUGCAGGUCAUACCGUCGCCGAUGUCGUGGCUGAGGAGAAGCUGGACACCUUCUAUGGCACUCUCCUGCCAAUUUUCAGUCCAGGCCUCAUGAGUCUCUACCAGGGACUUUCUGAUAAUAUCCCGGGACUGAACCCUGCCAGCGUUUUACGAGACCUCUUGCCCAACAGAACCGACUCGACCACAGCGAGUUUGUCACAACUCCCUGUGCCAAACUGCAUCGCAUUGUUAAAGAUGUCGGUUGCCAAAUAUGUCGCUGGGACGAUUCGCGAAGCACAAAGCAACCUGGAGCCAGACCAAAGACGAUCAGACACUGAGAUGUGA